CUGGCGUCUCUGUGGCCACGGUCAUGACAUGCUUGCCCUGAAGAUAAAAAAGGGUAAGAUAGGAAGCACAUCGAUUUAGAGGAGGAAACCCUAACCAGGAAAUUCACCACAUCUGAACCCCGAUUCAUCGAGCGGCGCGCAGGAGAUGGAGCUGAUGGAGAAAGGGUUGGCGGGGAUGGAGAUCUCCAUCGGCGGCGAAUCAAGUACAAAGACCAGGUCGAGGAAUAAGAGCACCAGAAAGCCGCAGCCAGAUAGCCUGAAGCACACCAUGAUCCAGAAGACGGAGGAGCAAUCUCGUCGAGAUGUGCACCAACCUCUGAUCCAGAAGAUGGAGGAGCAAUUUCGUCGCGAUCCACGCCCACCUGAGAUCCAGCGGGGGAAGGUAGAGGAGGCGGCGGCUCCUACAAAGACGAGGUCGGUGAAGAGCAUCAUAGAGACGCCGCUAGAUAGACUGAGGCAUCUCGACGAGUUGCAGGACAGGAUCAAUCUGAUGGAGGCGGAAUAUCUUAGCAAGAAUGGGAUCCAGAGGAGGAACGAGGAGAAGCUUCCUAGAGAGGAGCAGGAGAUUGAGGACUACCGUAAACAAUGGGAGAGGUGCUAUGGCCGCAGCUUCGGUUCCUUUGACGCAGAAACUUCUCUUGGUCAUGUGUACUGUGCAACAGGAACCAUCCCACCAGAUGCUCUCCCGGAGUGUUCCUUGCAGUUCUUUUCCAUCAAAGUCACCGACCUAAGCUAUAGCCUCAGCUGGCCACUGCAGGUCCAUGGCUUUGUUGCUGCCAGGGACUCGGUAGAUCAUAAACGCAACUAUCUCUUCAGAUGCACCAGGGAUAGCUGCCAAACCCUCACUAAAAAGGAUCCAUUCCUGCGCAUAACAGGCCCAUCUCGAGCGGUUCUGUUAAUUGACAAAGUUGUGGUUGAAGUUCAGUUAAAAGUAAAGGGUGACAAAGAGUCAGAAGUUGAAGUAUUGGCUUUCAAAUGUUUUGAAUUCCAGCAAAGUUGUCCGUUGAAAGAUGGCAUCCCUACACGCAUCCCAGGCCAGCGCUGCAAGCUUGAGUGUGCUUUGGCAGUGCUGCCUAAGUCAAUUGGGGCCACUGUGGGUUUCCGAAUUGUUGAUGGGUCAUGGCCCGAUCAAUGCCCAGGGUUGAUUGUUUGCAAGACCGACAAUGCAAAAGAAGAGGAAGUGGUACUGUUGCUUGAUUUUCAAGAUGGGAAACUGCCUACCAAGUCUGAUGGUGUGGUUGAGCUCUCGAGGCGGCUUGUUUCCGUAGGUUUCCCAGCAGGCAAACUGAUCUUUUCUGUUGAGGCCUCUCGUAAUAGCUUUUCUGCAAAAGCCACGGUUGACUUUGGGAUGGAAACGUUGGGUGCAAGUACUCGCAUGUGUGAUCUUGUUUUCUGCAAGUUGGAAGUGACUGUUUCUUGGUCUUUGGUUUCUGCCAAGCGGGAUUGAUGUUUGGAGGCGUCCAAUCUUGAGCAUGCCUUGCCCGCUGUUUGUCCAACUAAGUAGUUGAACUACAUUUAUUUAUGUGUGUGGUCAUGCCAUGGUACUGUACGGCUAACCGUUCUACUUGUUUAACAAUGUAAUUCGCUCAGAUGUGGGGUUAGGCUGCUUAGAUAAUGAGCAUAUUAGAUAUUAUAUGUCUUGUUUGUGGAAGUAAUGUUUGUCAGUAAUGUUGCUACAUUAUAGGUGUAGCUUCUGUCAGGAAUUUGCAGUUUGAUCAGAACAUGUCAUUUGCUUCUUA